AAAUAAUCAAUUAUACAUUAAAUAAAAAAAAAUGAGUAAAUCCAAAUCAACCCGUUCCACUAAAGUCAAAGAAGAUCCAGAUGCCAGCACAAAAUCUAAAAUUAACUCAGUACCCUCGGCCUUGCGUAAAAUAUUUUACAUUUCUCAACACAUGCUGCAAGAUGAGACAGAAAAAUUAAAUUUGGAACGUUUUUAUCAUCCGGGCAAGGGAAAAUCUGCAUUGUUCAUAACAAAGGACAACAAGCAUAUAAUGGAAGUAUUGGAAUUCGCUGAGCCUAGAAGAAGCUGGUUGAUCGACAGCGAAGUAUGUUCAAAUGGUCAUGUAUAUUUCACUACACCAAUUGAUGUAACAUUCCUAGCAUUGCAUCAUUUACGCAAACAUUGUCUGAAAAGAGCUUUGGCUCUCGAUAGUAUUCACGAUGAUGAGGAUCCUAGUGUAACAAAAAUAUUAAAUACUUAUGUAGAGCCUUCGAGUUUACGGUGUAUAGCCGAUGUGAAAACGGCUGGUGGUGAUAUGACAUUCUACAAAUACAAUCAUGAAAAGGCUAUGGCUUGGUUAUCCCUAAAAACAAAGCGCGUAGCUAAGGUUUUACAAACGAGUGGCGUUUAUUGUGGCAAUAGUGCUGUAUCGCAGAAUUUUGCACGCAGUGAAAAGGCAGUAGAUGAAACUGCCCAAGAUACCGAUUAUUUGCGUAUGGCAUGCGAUUAUGUGGGUGGAUAUAUAGCAGCGGAAUUGCACGAAGAAUUAACAAAACAUUUAGAAAUCCCAUCUGAAAUUCAGGCUAUAACAGAGGAAAAAAAGUCUUCCACAAAUAAAAGAAAAUCUGGCGAUAAGCUUAAUAUUGCUGCUACAAAGAAACAAAAGUUGGAGAACGGUGCCGCUGCUAAAUUAAAGAAUUCUACUUUAUUAGAUGACUCGCAGGGCGAUGAGAGCAUCAAUGAGAAGGAUGAGGAAGAAGAAAACAAAGUAAAUACAUCAGUCAAAGAGGAAGUUAAGUCACCCAAAACAGCUAUGUCUACACCUCUAAAGGAGCGUUCAUUAAGUGCCAAAGAAAAAUCUUUGGCUAAAAGUGCUAAAGGCACUAAAAGUAUAGCGUCAUUUUUUGCUAAAAAGACUGCAUAACUAUUUUAUAAGAGAAGUAACUAUUAACACUUUUAUGUUUUUACAAUUUAUAUAAAGUACUCGAAAAUAAAUAUUUUAACAUCA